AUGGCCCAACGCCCCCCGCUCACGUUCGAAAAUUUCAACAGCAGGCGACACGUGCUGGAAAAGCUGUUCGACGGCAGUGUGACUCCCGCUGUCGCUGCAGAGCAGCUAGCAAAUGCAACUGUGGCAGACAGAGAGAGCCUGGACGAGGGCCUCGAAAUCACGUGGGCGUGCGUGCUCGUCGCUGCGCGUGAGAACCCCGAGAUGCAGGAGAAACUAGUGGAGCUGCUGCAGGCGAUAGUCACGCUGCCUGCACCAGAGGGCGAGAAGGGGGGUGUGUGGCAAGAAAUGCCCGGGCUGGGGAUGGAGUUCAACCAUGAGUGGAAUGCUCUGGAACUCGCUCCAGAUGGCAAAGAACGGCAAGAUGGCAUUGACGCUUUCGUCCACGUCAACCAGUUCGCCGCCAAGCUCUUCGAAGUCGACAGUCGUCACUUUGACUACUCCAUGUUCGCACUGUGGACUAUGAGAGACGCACUGGAACGCACAGUGUCUCAGAGAAACCAGGACACCGAACCUCUCGAUGCGUUCCUUCCCGCCGCCGCGGCGUGGAUUCAUCUGGCUGGCAAGUCAUUGAAACAAUGCGAAGAUGACUUCCCACCGGAUAGAGGAGCCCAGCCGGGCAAGGGAGGUCCGUUGUGGGAGGGGAAGCAUGGAUUUUGCCCUGAGCGAUGGAGGCUUUGGCAGAAGAGGUUCGACGAGUUGGCGGCCGACGCUCAGCUCGAGCAGAGUCUGAGAGAGGCUGCUCGUAGGGCGGGUGAGCAGAUGAGGAAGCUGGCUUAG